AACAGUUCGUCUGGGCAGGCCUCAUAUCAGCUGUCGUUUUAUUUAGGUUUGCCUUCCAAAUUAAGUAAUGGGCUCGAUUAAACGAAGGCCAACGUGAAAUUCGGUUUCAAAAUUCGCUUUUGAGUUCUCCUUUAUUCCUGUUUUGCGUUUCAGCUUGAGUUGGCAAUGGCCCACACCAUCAAGUUGGACUGGAUAAGGAGGAUCCUGAACCUUUGUGGCUCACGACAAUCUCGUCUAAUGCAUGAUGAUGGUAAGACGCCGAUUUGCACCCAGAGUCCCUGGAAACGCCUGAUGCGACUGACCAGGAAUAACUCGAGCAGCACUUCUGGUGGCAAUGAACCCCGCAGACUGAAGACCAAUAAACCGAAGCCCAAUAACAAACAAAUUUCAUACACCGAACGACAAACACCUUUUAGGAUCAACACAUAUCGCAAUGCUAACCAGGUAAGAUUGCAUCCUUUAGUCAGAGAUCAGGACGAAAGGACGAACAAACAUAAGCGACGCCUUCCCAUUGAGAAAUCAGCCACAAUGAGGUUAUAUAAUGCGCACAGAAGAGAGGAGCAGUUGGCCAGGACCUUGCGAUCCCAGGAUCCAAGUGGCACUCCCUCACCGAGCACCACCAUACCGCUGAAGAUUCUUGAAAUGACCCAAAGGGAUCGAACGAUGUCCGCACAGCUGGUAAUUGAUGCGAUGAGGACCAGGAAUAUGGAGAGGAUGGCGCGCAAAUCGGAGGCCAGGAUGUUGAACGAGCGCGUUAGGAAGCUCUUAGAGAAACAGAAGGGCGGAAAGGUGGAAGCAAAGGAGCAGCAGUCGGAGGAUGACUUCACUGUUUCCGAAUCAAAGAUCGCGGUGCCGGAACAGCGCCAACUGGCGGACAAGGCGGUGGUGCAAUUGCUGAAGAGGGCCAUUUCCCUGGUCCAUUUCGGGCACGAGGAUCACUCGAAGGUGAGGGAUGUGAGGAUCUCCAGGAUGCAGACCAAACUGGACAUAGAUGGCCUGCAUCCUUGCUGCGGCUCCGUUGAUUCCCUGGCCAGCGGCAAGAAACCAAAGUCUUACCAAGCCUACAACAUGCGCAUUCGCUGCACCAAGAGCCCCAUCCCCAUUCCUAUCCCAAAAUCGGAAAUCAAAAUCAAAUCCAACGCUCAGGAAAUAGCCGCCAGUCUCAUCAAGGAGGAGCAGCGGCGCCUGGAUCGAUUGAGGGCGGAAAAGGUGCAGUUAAUUGGGCCCAAGGAUAACACAAAACAUGGUUUUAUAAAAAGGAAUACCAGGCAAGCAAAGUGCACAGAUCCUGCCGCUUCCUGCAUACCAACAGAUUUGGAUAUGAGCUCCUUAAUUGUUGAUCCCAAAUCGUUUCUCACAAAAGUGCUCCAUAAGAAGGAGGUUCUGUCGGUUGGCCAGGCUAAUAAUUUCGCACUGGACACCGUGGAAAAUCCAGAUGUCUUCCCAAAGGCACUGACAAAAAAACCAGAGACCAAGUCCCGUAAAGAACCUGCUAAACUUUUGCCGCAAUAAAAUCGCAUUCUUUAAACUAUUUUAUAGCCCAAGAAGAACCUGUUAAAAAAAUAGCAAUUUCAAGAAUUUAUUACUUUUUUUGUGCUUUGACACAUGUAAUAAAAUCGAUCAAAAACGGCCAUAAUUGGAA